AUGGAUGUGGAACUUAAGCUAGAGGUGGAUGAGAGGGAUAUGCCUAUAUCCCCAGCUGUUAUUAAUGCUGAUCUUUUUGAUACACAAGCAGGUUAUAGAUAUUAUAUAAAUCCUCAUGAAACAACACCACAGCAGUUAUGUGGUAUUUUGUCAAAAGAUAGCGUAGCGAGAGAUGUGGAGAUUAAAGCAGAAUCAAUAGGUCUUAAUACUAUUGGUGCUCAGGACAGGGAGAUUACAGAUAAUGUACUGAUACCGAGUAUCAACUCCUUGUCACAGGCCGUGGGUGUAAAGCGAGUCAUUCUGAUACAUGUUAUUGUCCAUACAGAGCAAGAUAACCCCAGCACCUCUGUCAAAGACAAGGCAUGUUUUGAAAUACCACACAGUGAUACUCAAAUUGGAAAAGUAUUUAGGCUUACACUGUCUCAAUCACCACUGUCAGCUGCAGAAAGUGCUUCUUCUGGAGGUCAAAUCGAACCGACUGAACAGGCUAAAAAAACGAAGUGGCAGUUUUACAGAUGUACCACAGAGUGCUGUUGAAACAGCAACACUUGGGCUCAAGAAUGGACCUACUGACAUCUGCAUAAAGGACGAACGUAAUGUGGAAUUCAUAUCAACUCAGCAUGUAAAGAUGGAGACCAUCUCUAUUGACACAGAUGUAUCACUGUCUGAUGAGGAAGCAGGACACAGACCUAGAAGGGACCGAUCUUUUAUGACAUCUACCACAGAAGAUGAAACCAUGGAACUCUACCCCCUCUGUAAGGAAAUAGGCUUAGAUCUUGAAAUCAAAACCUGGGGUAAAAUAAAAACUUGA